AUGUGGCUUCGUACGGUCCGCGGCAAAGCGAAUCGCCGGCAGCAUGAACAGCAACUAGCGCCUCAGCAGACGGAAUCUGCACUCUUGAAUGCACUUACCGUGCGGGACGAAGGUGAGCGGGGAGUUUCGAAACAGGGGACAGCCACGGCGGACCCUAGCGACGCGGAGCGUCAACUGCGGCUUGCGCUUGCAGCCUCUCAGCAGGAAGUAUCCGUGCUGCAACGGGUCCUUCGCGAUAUGGAGAUAGACCAGUCUAGAAAAGUGGCUUCUGCUCGGCAUACCUGGCGCCCUGGAGAGUCGCGAGCACCCGACAGUAGGCGUUCGGGUCGCGAGGAGCUGCGCGCGGUGACGCUGGAACUUCAGGAGCUGCGCGAGCGAAACGCACAACUCGAGAGGGAAAUCGAGCGCGCUCAUAGCAAAGACGGGCAGCUCGUACAGCGGACCUCCGAUGACGGCUAUGUUCGCCAGAUGCGGGCGCGCCUGCGGCAGAAGGAGGCUAUUAUGGAGGCCGAACGAGAACGUUUCCAGUGCCUUGAGCGCGAGCACCGACAGCUCCAGAAAGAGACCCUGGCAUUGCAACAGGACACCGAGCUCCUUUUGAAUGAAUACGAAUCAGCCCAGCAGAUCAUUCUUUCGUUGCGGAAAGAGCUGAAACACUACGCUCUGCAGGAGCAGCACCAAUCGAUACCUGAGGCCCGCAAGCGAGACGCACCCGCACAACAGCUCAAAGCGGGAGGUCCACAUGAAAGAGGCAAAGCUCACGCACUUAAGGAUUUCGCGCAACAGGAGGUAGGUUCAGCUAGCGUUUUAGAUCAUAUGAUGCAACCGAUGCUGGAGAAGGAGUUCGGAGAAGAGUGCAUUCGUUGCGAGCGGUGUGGUGCGCGCAUGCGGCUUCCGGUGUGCAAUAUCCGGAGUGCUGGUGCCACCGCGGAUGUUCCGACAAGAGAUACGACACAGACUGGAGCACACAACAAGUUCUCGCAGGAGGCUCCAAGUGAGCAGAAAGAGAAUCCGCAAGGUCAGUGCCCAGAAGCGGGAUCUUCUCUGGGUCCGCAGGAUAUCCGGAGUUGUUCCGCAACGGAUCCGACGCCACCGCCACCGCCACCGCCACCACCACCGCCAACAUCCCUGGGUGCACAGGCUGGACGAUUGAGCGGGCAAGAGGUGGAAAGUGCAGGGGGUCCGCCGCCACCGCCACCACCGCCGCCACCGCCACCACCGCCGCCACCGCCGCCACCGCUGCAUGAUGCUCCCAAAAGCAUACAGAAUGAAGAAAAACAUUUCGUACGAAAGUCGGGUUCUAUGGAUGCGCUCCAACCGCGAAAACCGCCCAUCCAUCCCCGGGUGGAAAUGCGGAGUUUCUUCUGGAAGCGCAUUAUUCUACCGGCUAGCAGCUCUAGCAGAUCUUCCAAUGAUCAAGCAGCGAACAAACCAGAUGAGACGAUCUGGUCCCAGAUUCACGAAGUACCUUUCGAUCUCGAUGAAUUUGAGAGUCUUUUUGCUCGCAAACCACCCAGCAAAAAUAAGCAAGCAGUCAUUCCAGGAAAUGGGUCAGAGAAGACGAUGCCACUCCAGGGCAAUCGGGAUCAACGUUCCCGAGCAUUGGACCAGUCUUCGGUGUUGUUGGAGCACUCGGGCUUGUUGAAUGCAUCGUCCUCUGGUACUGGAUCGCGACGGACUGCCGCAGAUGAGCCCGCUCUUUUGGAUCCGAAGCGAGCGCAUCUUAUAGGCUUGCUCACUGCAUCGCUGCCGCCUAUAGAGCGCGUCAAAGAGGCCUUGCUGCGUAUGGACGAGCAGGCUCUCAGUCGUGGAGAUUGCGAUGCGCUAAUGAAAAUCAUUCCAACGGACGAGGAGGCAUCCAGGUUGUUGCAGGUCCAUCCGGGCCGUGCUCUGAACAAAACCGAGCAGUAUCUGCGGGAGCUCGCGAGACUCAGGUCUGCUCCGAUCCGACUACGGGCCCUGAUCUACCGGCAGUCAUUUGAGGAGCGCGCUGAACAGAUUCUAGCACCACUGGAGACCAUUCAAACGGCAUGUCGUUCCAUUCGCUCUUCCGAUGCGUUGCGGACGAUUCUAGCGGUUAUGCUUUCGCUGGGAAACUACAUGAACGGCGGCACCAGUCGCGGGCAAGCCGACGGGUUCGAGUUGAUAUCCGCUCUCGACAAGCUCGGAGACACCAAGGCGCUUGAUGGCCAAAUGACGCUUCUGACUUACGUUGCGUGCAUCUGUGGGCGAUUUUUUGCCGAAGAACGACCACCAAAUGAUUCUCGCGGCGAGCAGCGCAGGGCAGGGCAGCGCACAAACACCGAUGGCGAGUGCAAAGCUCUUUCAUCGUUGGAGAAACUCCAGCGUUCGUGCCGCGCUGCCGCGCGGGAGUCGCUCAAAGACGUUCAGACUGAGGUAGCUGGAAUGCGAACUGAACUGGAGGCUCUUCUUGAUUCGAUCCAUUUGGCGGUCAACGACACUAAACAGUGUCCUCGAGGCAGCUCAGAUGCUCACGAAAACAGUCAACUCGCACAUUGCAUGGAAGCGUUCGCGCGGGAAGCCCGAGAGGCGCUCCAUGAUAUUCAGGAAACGGUGCGACUGGCUGUUCAGGAGUACCAACGUACCCUCCGCUUUCUGGGUUACAGCUCUGCAGAGGCCCAGUCCAUCCAACCGGAGGAAUUCUUUGGACCGCUCAGUCGUUUUCUGGAGAGGUUUCGAAAUUGCCUCGGUGGGCGCCUCACCAGGAAAGAAGCCGUAACAGGCAGGUAA